AAAGAAUCCAUCCCUAAAGUGCAGGGGAUUCAACAAAGGAAACUUUUGUUUUGAGUACAAAGGAUAUUUGUUUGGGCUGAAAGUAACUCCGACCCCGUUGGUACGUCAGUGAGGAUACAAAUACAAGAGGAUCAAUGUCACAUGGGGAGGGGGGCGUUCGGUGAGUCACUGUUUUUCCCGCCUCUAGUUGGGGUCAAACAUUGAAACGGACGAACUUUCAGACAGCAAGUUUCAGUUCCUGUUUUGGGGUGAAAACGUUUGAAGGAAUAUCUUGCCAUUUCGCGCUCAAUGAGGUGAUACAAUAUGGAAGUCCUCACGUGUAAGAACGCCAGCCGCCUGCUGUCCUUCGUCAUCAUCCUGUGUAUGAUCAUCGUAGGUGGAGUGUACAGAGAACAGUGUCCCAUCAACUUCCUGAUCCCCAUCUACCUGAUCGUGUACGGGGUCUUCUUACUAGUGCCGACUAUCGGUUCCAUCGUGCAUGGCAGGCAGGAAGAGGACGAGUCCAACGCGGAGGACGGGGGUGCCAGCCAGCUCAGCCCGGACCAGCUGAUGAAGUCUCCCAUCUUCUCCUGUGUACAGGGCGUGGUGGGCUGCUUCUUAUUCGGCUGGUUCAUUGCGGGUAACGUCUGGGUGUACUCAGCGUACCCCGUUGUGGAGAGGAACAACUCCACCAGUCCUGACUACUGUCACUACGUGCUGUACGACUUCGCCUUCACCCUCACCACCCUGGUGUGGAUCACCCUGGCCCUGGGGAUAUGUGCUGGCGUCAUCACUGUAGUCUGUUCCGUGGGCAAGGAUGGAGAGGAUAUGUCGUAGUUUGAUCAUGAUGAACUUUAUUGCCAUCCUCGUACGCAGGGACCUCCAACAGCAAAACUGCCUGCCUGGAUGUACCCUACACCGUUAGUUCCUAACCGCCCUGCUUGUAGAUAUUCAUGAGCUUACCCUUAUAUAUGCGAGAUCCCUUUUAAAAACUGAAAGGCCUAUGCUCUCAUUGGCUGACAGCUGGUUAGUGGCGACGCCCACAGUAACUAAGAGUGACGGUUGAGAAAGCUGGGUACUUCCAGACAGGCGGUUUCGCCGUUGGAUGUUACUGCGUAGAAGGAUGUUGCACGGCAUUUGUACAUGGUACAAUGUAUAGCAACAAAUAUUGUAUUAAACAAAGUACAAAGUAAAGGUAUAGAAGAAGGCUUAACAUCCUUACUAUAAGGGCUAACAUAAUUCUUUGAUAUAAUGUUCCAAUGGAGUAGGCUAUUAAUCAGGUUCGGAAAUAUGUAACGUUUUAUUGCACGUUAGAUAUUGCAGAAAGUUUCAAUAGUGCAAGAUUUAGUUCAAGAUGUUGUUGGGUAGGUGCUGUAAAUUUUGACUUUGCUUUGUAAGGUUCGCUUUUGUAUUUUAAUCACUGUUUAAUGUCUAAAGACGUGUGCCAUCAUGUCGUGAUUUCAGCCACUUGUUGUCAUUUUUUAUCUU